AUGUCAACACUUCAAAAUCUCUGCAAACACUAUCUGACAGCUCUUGAUUCUGCCUUUCAACAAGCACUUGAUUAUUAUCAAGAAAUCAACGAUCAAACAAAUGGUUGGGUCAAUUACAAAACUACACCUGAACAAGCUCAGUAUUUCAUUAACAAGAAGAAACAUUCGUAUUGGAUUUGGAUGGGAGAAAUGAAGAAUGUGGAGAUUCCAGAAAGUAUUGCCAAAAAUUCAAGAGAUUUGAUCAAGUAUUUGGAUGAGGAAAGUGAACGAAAGUUGUGGGAUGAAGAAUUUGUAUCAGGUGUAAAAAUUCAUGACAAGAUUGAAAAGAAUUGUAACGAAACUUGUAAGAACGGAAGUGAUCAUUCUGAUUUUAAUGUUUAUUAUAGAGUUUUCACAGUAGGAUCCAAAGCAGUUUCGAAUAGAGAAUUCGUCAUUUCUAGAAAUAUUUAUCAAGAUCCAAAGUUGGAAAAUGUAACUUGGAUGUGCAAUCAAACACCUUUAGAUUUUCCAGAUUAUGAACACAAGAAGGCACCUACAAAUUCAUCAUGUGUUAGAGGAACAGUUCAUGUCACUGCUUGGAGAUUCGAACAGUUGAAAUCUUCCAUUUCUGGAAAAUCUGUUUUUAACAUUUCUGUAAUUAGUCAUUCUGAACCUGGUGGAUGGGUGACUGCUUCUUUUUUCAAUAAUGGAGCAGGAGAUCGUCCAGCAUCAGCCGUUGUGAGAUUAGUCAAAUAUUUACAAAGUAAACAAAACUAG